CAUUUCAAAUCAACUCACAAUCAUAGCUCAAAACUGAAAAUCCACCACACAGUUUUCCAAAAUAAUCCCAACACAGUUUACCAAGAUAAACCCGAUUUGUGGGUAAAACAUCAUCAUCUCUAAGUUCAUUUUCCUCCAUCAGAGUUCAUCAUGUAAUUCAUGAAAUUGAAUUAACUAAGACAAAAUGUCAAUUAAAUCCAUGUCUGGUCAUAAAAAGUAAUUUCGAAAAUAUUAUCCCAAAAAACCUCGUAUUAAUCGUAAUUUUACUGUAAAUUAAAUUCCAAUCAAAUGGUAACUCCAAAACCCCCCCCAAAAUACCAGAACAUUCAUUUAUCAUCCUAAAACAGUUCUGUUCAGUUUUCAUCUUUCUCAAAAAUCUAAAACCAUGAAAUUAUUAUUAUAUUUGGUCUUUAACGCAAAUCUCGUAUCAAGCUCGUUUUUACCAUUUUAAAGAUAAAAAACUCCAUAAACUAUCUAAUUUAUCCUUUUCAUACCAAAACCAAUUUAACAAGCCACACUAACCAUUUUAAAGUGAUUAAAAUCUUAGAUAAAUAAAACACGUUUUUACCGAGCUUUUCGUAAAAUUAACCAUUGUGCAGUUUUUAACUCAAAAAUCAUUUUCAAGUGGAAUCUUAUGAUAAAUCCGCCCCAAAAUAAUUUUCGACAUACAAAAAUAUAUUUGAUCAGUGUUAAACUCAAUAAACCCUACUAUCCAUUUUUACGGUGAAACUUGUCAAAUACCGAUAUUUACAGCGUAAAAUCCAUAACAAUCAAGAAUAAUCACCAAUUCAUCAUAUCAACAAAUAAUUCAUCACCCACAGUAAUCCAUCCAUCAAAAUAUGCAAAUCAAUCAUAAAUAAUCCAUGCAAUAAUUAAGGUCCCCUUAAUCCCUGAACCGGACACCACAGAUGGAAGGUGAUUUGGAAGUUGCCAGGUACUCAAAGGAUCCGCACCUUCUUCUGGCUUGCUUUCCACGAUCAUUUGUUGACAAAUGUGGAGAGAAGGAGGCGCCACCUUUCUAACGGGGCGGCCUGUAAAGUUUGCGGCGGGAGUGAUGAAUCUUUAAUCCAUGUUUUGAGAGAUUGCCCUUUCGCGCGAGGGGCAUGGGCAGGGCUGCUUAGUGAAGAGCCUGAUGGAAGUUUCUUUCAAGAGGGGUUCAAGAGCUGGACUAUGCACUACCUUACAGGCAUAGGUAAGAGUCUCGAUGCUACCCUCUUUGCCGUGAUGUGCUGGCUGUUGUGGAAGAAUCGUAACAAGUUUGUGUUUGAGGACACUUUAGCGCCCUUUGAUAAGUUGCAUAGCGAGGAUAAGAGACACCAUAAGCAGAUCACAGAAGCCUUUGCCAAGGCUGAGCACACAUUGGGCGUUCUAGGGAUGGCUGAGAAGAAGAUGAUAUCAUGGAAAUUACCGCCCGAGGGCUGGGCAUGCAUUAACACGGAUGGAUUAGUGAUCCUGGCGCUCCAAAGCUGUACAGCGGGCAGCGUAAUUAGAGAUGACUAAUGACUUGAUAUAUACACAUGUUUUUGUCCACCAUUCUUACACCGUUUGAGUCUUAUUUCUCAUGUUUUAGACCGAUUUCACGCUAGGUUGUUCGUGUUUGUGAUAUUUCAGGUCCUAGUACGUGAAUGAAGGUUUGGGAACGAGUUCGGGGUCGAUUGGACGUUUGGCGAGAAGCUGAGGAAGCCACACGGGCACGCCUAAAAUCCCACACGGCCGUGUGACUUGGCCGUGUGGCACCAUUUUGCACGGGCAAGCCACACUGGCCGUGUUGGGGACCCCUUGUAGCCGUGUGGAAAGUCCAGGGAGCUCACACGGUCAGCCUGGAAAUCCACACGACCGUGUGUCCCUGGCCGUGCAGCAUGUCUGGAAGUCACUUAAUCGAAACGCGGUGUUUUGAAUUCCACACGGGCAGCUGGAAUUUCCACACGGCCAUGUGGCCUGGCCGCGUGGUCAGGAAUUUCUGGGUUUUAACCCAAUUUCGAGCCAAAGAAGAGGGAAUCGACUUUUUGGAGCAAAAACAGAGUUUUAGAGAGAGAAAUUGCGAAGAACAAACCCUAGGAGCUAUUUGGAGUGGAUUUCUCACCAUUGAAGCCCCGAUUGCAUCCUCAGGAGUGAAGAUUGACAUCCCAGAGCAGAUUCUUCCCAUUGUUAUGAGUAUGAAUGCUUUGUAUUCUGUUUCCCUCUCUCUCUUGCUUGGGUAUGAAGAACCCUAAUUCCAUGUGUUAGGGAUCUUGAUUGUAAUGACUUGGAAUUGUUAUACUGUUUGAUUUUAAUCGAUUGAUGCAUGAUUCAUUGAGUCAAUUGAAGUCUAAUCAUUUUUUCUUGAUUUCUGCUGCAACCUGAGAUAGAUAGAAUCUGAUUAGGUUGUUAGAGCUUCAUCAAUCGGUAGUAUUGGUUAUACGAGAGUUAAUCAAUCUACUGCUUUGUACUAGAACCCAAUUCCAGUAGUGGAGUUAUGUGCUUAUUGCCUCAGCAAUCUAUCUCGGUGAAGGUUAGUCGCCUGCCGGUUAGCCUGCCUGAGAGGGUUGGUCAGCUUAAGAGAUUCCAAGCUACUGUCGGAUCUUCCGUAGUUUAAUCAACAUUUAAUCAACCCAGGGUAAUUACAACUGAGACCUAACUAAGGAGCUAGGGGGACUCAUUCCCGAGUGACUCUUCCUUUGCUUUAGAAAACCGAAUCAUUUCCUGCUUUCUUAUUGCUUUUACUUAAAUCAACAAUCACUUGACUUAGUUGGCUAGAUAAUAGAUAUGCACGGAGUAGGCAGUAGAUCUAGACCCCGGGUUGACAAUUAGAGCUUGCCUGUUACUGCAUUUCCGGACUGCGAUUACACUUGGUCGCAGUUUGGUGUUGUGUUUAAGCGUGUCAAUGACAUUGGAAAUUUCCGGCAGGCGUUCACAAUGAACUUAAGAGGAGGCUCUAUCACCCGAGCUGAUGGGUAUAGCACAGGGACUUCGCUGUGCCUCGAAGGUGGGGAUUCGGAAGGCAGUCCUCCAAACAGACUCCAAAACUGCCAUCCAGCUGCUCGAGUCGGCAACCUCUACUCAUCCUCAUUUUAUGGUCAUUUCGGAGAUUAGGCGUAUCCUACAGCGUGACUGGCAGGUACGAAUCGAGCAUGUCUUUAGGGAGGGUAAUGCAAUGGCAAAUUUCCUUGCUUCGACCGACCACUCCGCUCCUCCGGGUAUUCACAUCAACAAUCAGCCAAGCAGCAUGCUCAGAUAUUGGCUUAUUUUUUAUCGGACAGGGGUUGAAACCCCCCGCUUUGUAACUGGUUGAGGUUUGGGUGCCCUUAGCACCCUUUUUCCCAUAAAAAAAGGUCCCCUUAAUCCCCACACACCUUAAUUUAGCCAAUUCCUAGUCGGGAAUCAAGUUCUGAAGUUCCAGUAAUUGGCUCCUAACAAUCCCCCUCGUUCCCACGGUCAUGUAGCCGCAAACGGUUUGUCGUUUGAACACCAAACGAAGAAACUGCGAGCCGAUUAUGAUUAGUAUGGAAAAUUAUAGAAUAGUACCCCAUAAUUUCGAACUGUACAAACAGUUCCAAAACUAAUAAAUCGUAUAGUUAUACGUACGAACUUGCGAAACUUGUUUCUCCCUCGUCCGAGCUCGGAAUUCUUUCAUCCACCAAGUGGUCGACCACUUUAUAAGAAAAUGGUCAACCUUUUCCACCAAGUGGUCUACCACUUGAGUCAUUCGGUUUAUCAUUUUCGAAAAUGGGUCGACCUGAUGACACACUUACCUUCAAGCGGUCGACCACUUUCCAAGAAAAAUGGUCGACAUCUUCUAUCAAGUGGUCUACCACUUGAGUCAUCCAGUCUACCACUUCCGAAAAUGGGUCGACCUGAUAACACAUUUACCUUUAAGUGGUCGACCUCUUCCACCAAAUGGUUGACCACUUUUCAAGAGAAUGGUAGACCUCUUCUACCAAGUGGUCUACCACUUGAGUCAACCGGUCUACCGCUUUGGAAAUGGGUUGACAUGAUGACACAAUUACCUUAAGUGGUCGACCUCUUUCACCAAGUGGUAUACCACUCAAGGUAUCCGGUCUAUCGCUUCUGGCAAUGGGUCGACCUGCGAUACACUUACAUUCAACUUACAACUUCUUGUUGGAGGAGGUAGACCGCUUCCGCCAAAACAGCAUAUCGAUUUCACAAAAUGGUUUACAUAUCUCUUUGGGCAAAUGAUCCCGCUUUUGAAGAACAGUCGACCAGAUAACAUAGGUACCUUAUACUUACAUUAGAAAAAUAAUGGACAAUAGGAGACCAACAAUAUAAAAUUAUUUUUGUAGUAAUGCAACAUCCUAUCAAUUGUGGACAUCCAAAUUCCAACGCAGAUUAUAGGCCAAGACAAAAAGAAACACCCUCUUUUAAUUCUUCUGGAAUAAAAAUCCACAAAAGCGAUGAUAUGAGAUAUAUGGACGUCGAAAAUGACACAAUUGUAUAACAAAUAUACUCUACUUUUUGAGCAUAUUCAUAACAACAAUAGCAACGAAGUUAAUCCACCACAAGACAAAUAGAAACAAGAAAACUUAGAAUUUGAA